CGUCAUAUCCACUCUAAUGUCACAGGUCUGGCUGGCUGCCGAUGGACCUACUAGAACUCAGCUAUCGUCUGCUCUUGGAGUGACUGACGACUCAUUCCUUGCAUCAUACCAGUCUGCAAUCGGGUCACUAACAUCUGGCAGCACUAGCAGCAACGUCACGUGUGACGUUUUCAACGGACUCUACUUGCGUGACGGCUUUAGCGUCAAGGCUAACUACAGCGCCGUCCUGUCCACGUACUACUCGUCCAGUGUGAGCACCUUCUCCGGUCCUGCCGAUGCCGCCCAGGCCAUCAACGCUGCGGUGGCUGCCACCACCAACAACCUCAUCCCCCGGCUGGUGGAUGCGGAGGCGCUUACAGAUGCAGUCUUCGUCCUCGUGAGCGCUCUAUAUUUCAAGGGUAACUGGAAGGAAGAAUUUUAUGCGGACAGCACACGUCCAGCGCAGUUUCUCACUGUAUCUGGCAAUAAGACUGUUGACAUGAUGCAUAUGGAAAUGAGGGUGCCGUACGUUGACAAGGCUAGUUACGACGUCAUCUCUCUUCCGUACACCGACUCCAAUUAUAAAAUGGUGCUUCUAAGACCGGCUGCGCGGACCAUGGCUUCUGUUCAGAGCUUGGUCAAUUCCCUGAAUACGCUGGAUGUUGCCAACAUCCUCAGCCAGUUGCAAGAAACAAGGCUGUACGUUGCAAUGCCGCGAUUCAAACUGGAGACAGAAUACAGCUUGCUAAGCGCCCUCCAGGCCUUGGGAAUCCAGCAUCUGUUUAGUGGCACGGCUGAUCUUGGAAACAUGGCCGAUUCACAGUUGCUCGUCAACAAGGUCUUUCACAAGGUGGUCAUUGAGGUGGACGAGAAGGGCACAGAGGCUGCCGGCGCCGGAGGGGUGGCUGGAAUUACAUCGGUGCCACCUUCGUUCACGCUAGACCGUCCGUUUGUCGCUAUCGUGUGGAACAGUCUCCACAGCGUGAACAUGUUUACUGCCUAUGUGGCUUCACCAGCUUCUUAGGCCAUUCGACCUUGCUUACUGAAGUGGUCUACUGAGUGGUCGGGGAAUGCUGUACCUAAUGUGGAAUGUAGGAUUGAUGCAUCAGAGUUUGUGACUCUGCUAUAACACGAACUUUGUGUGUUCGCUCGACACUCUGUCGUAACGCGAUGUCCUCGUUGCACACUGGGAAAUGCUCUAAAUUGUAGGAUGAUGCAUUAUUCAGUAACAUUUCUAGAGUUGACUUUGUUUUCCGCAUAUCACAAAUAUACUGCCUAUGAAUA